CUCUCAUUAUCCUCGUAACCAAACAGUAGUCUCUCAUUCAUCUACCAGUAACACUUCAACUUUCAUGGACAAAGAAAAGCAAAUAGAAGCAAAAAUGGCCGAAAAUCUACAGACUUGAAUUCCCACUGCUACACUCGAAACCGUAAAGGAAGAAGCAUAAUCCAACUACUGGUGUACUUUCUUACCUUUGAUCUGCCGGCCGUUUGUCGUCUCCGGAGUGGUGUAAUAAAGAGUCAUUUUCAUGGAGAAAGCUGAUGGAAAAUUUGGAAGUUGGUGAUGAUGCUGUAAAGUUGGCAAGUUCAGUAACCUGGAGAAGAUCAUGGGAAUUUCUUUUGGAUUUGUGAGCCUUAAAAGAGGCUAUGUCAUUCUAUACUACUUGUAGAGAUGUAUGUUCAGAGUUGCAUGGAGCUGAAUGAAUCAUCACAGAUGCUUCCACCUCCACCUGGAACCUUUGUAGAUCGUGAAGAACUUAUUCAACAUGUUGGUGAAUUUGCUGUGUCUCAGGGAUAUGUGGUGACAAUUAAGCAGUCUAAGAGGGACAGAGUUGUUGUUCUUGGUUGUGAUAGGGGAGGUGUUUAUCGUAACAGGCGGAAAGCUAAUGAUGAGUCCUCCGUAGAACAAAGUCGUAAAAGAAAAACAGGUUCGCGGCUAACAAAUUGUCCUUUUGAAGCUGUGGGUAAGAAGGAUGAUGGUCUAUGGGUACUUACCAUAAAAAAUGGAACACACAACCAUGAACCUCUAAAGGACCUUUCUGAACAUCCUUCUGCUCGUCGUUUUACAGAAAAAGAAGUUUUGUUAAUUAAAGAGAUGACAGAAGCUGGUUUAAGACCUCGCCAAAUAUUAAAAAGACUGAAACAAAGUAAUCCAGAUCUCUUAUCAACUCCAAAGCAUGUUUACAAUGUUAAAGCAAAACUUCGACAAGGAAAUAUUACAGUGAGGAACUUUACAUCUUUGAAACCUCAAAAAUCUGCUGUAAGGAAUAAUUUUUCUGCAGUUACUGAGCCAUCUUGGAGGCAGCAGAACUCUCCGAGGGUUCCCAAUUUAAUUGGAGGUAGAUUUGUUGAUUCACAGUCAUUUGCCUCUAUCAAUGUUGUAAACCCAGCAACUCAAGAAAUUGUUUCUCAAGUUCCUUUGACAACAAAUGAAGAGUUCAAAGCUGCAGUGUUUUCAGCAAAACGUGCUUUUGCACUAUGGCGAAACACUUCAAUUACUACUCGUCAGCGCAUUAUGUUCAAAUUCCAAGAACUUAUUCGAAGAGACAUUGACAAGCUUGCAAUUUGCAUUACUGCGGAACAUGGCAAAGCACUGAAGGAUGCAUAUGAGGAUGUGUUAUGUGGAUUAGAGGUGGUGGAAAAGGCUUGUGGACUGACAAGCCUGAAAACAGGGGAGUUUGUUUCUAAUGUGUCCAAUGGAAUUGAUACAUACAGCAUUAGAGAGCCCCUUGGUGUUUGUGCUGGUAUCUGCCCUUUUGAAUUCCCAGCUAUGAUUCCAUUAUGGAUGUUUUCUGUUGCAAUCACAUGUGGCAAUACGUAUGUUUUAAAGCCAUGCGAAAGGGUUCCAGGGGCUUCUGUAAUGCUGGCAGAGUUAGCAAUUGAAGCUGGUUUGCCUGGUGGUGUCUUGAAUAUUGUUCACGGCACAAAUGACAUUCUAAAUGCAAUUUGUGAUGAACAAAACAUUAAAGCUAUCUCAUUUGUUGGACUCAAAACAGCUGGUGCAUGCACAUAUGCAAGAGCAUCUGCUAAAGGGAAACGUAUCCAGUCCAAUGUUGGAGCCAAAAAUCAUGCUGUUGUUAUGCCUGAUGCAAGAAUAGACACUACUUUGAAUGCUCUUGUUGCUGCUGGUUUUGGUGCAGCAGGACAAAAGCGCAUGACUCUUAGUGCAGUUAUUUUUGUUGGAGGCGUAGAUUCAUGGGAAGAUAAACUGGUGGAGCAAGCUAAGGUUCUUAAAGUUAAUGCUGGAAUGGAAGCAAAUGUAGACCUUGGUCCAGUGAUAAGUAAGCAGGCAAAGGAGCAAAUCUGCAGAUUGAUCCAAACUGGUGUUGAUGCUGGUGCAAAAGUUGUUCUUGAUGGAAGAAACAUUGUGGUUCCAGGAUAUGAGCAUGGCAACUUCAUCGGUCCAACUAUCUUAUCCAAUGUCACAGUUAACAUGGAAUGUUACAAGGAAGAAUUUCUCGGCCCAGUCCUCCUCUGUAUGCAGGCUGAAAGCAUUGAUGAGGCUAUUGACAUCAUUAACAGAAAUAGAGUUGUUAAUGGAGCUUCUAUAUACACAUCAUCCGGUAUAGCAGCGAGGAAAUUCCAAACUGAGAUCGAAGUUGGGCAGGUUGGCAUAAAUGUUCCUAUUUCAGUUCCAUUGCCUUUUUCCUCAUUUACCAGUUCCUGGCCAUCUUUCUCUGGUGAUGCCAAUUUUGAUGGCAAGGCUGGAAUUCAGUUUUACACCCAAGUAAAAACUGUUUCUCAACAAUGGAAGGAUUUGAACUGAAGAUACUCUGUGAUUUGUUCAAGAUUUUUCUUUUAGAUCAUCUUAAAAAUGUAAGUAAUGUAUAAGCUGUUUGUGUAGAUAUCAUAUUUUACCUAGGAUUGUAUAUUUCUCUCUCUCUCUCUCUUCUAAAAGGCAAUAUAAAAUGUAAAUUCUUAGACAGGCCAGAUCAGAUGAGGAUAUGGAUCUUUUAGGAUAAUACUUUAUAAUUAGAGCAUCAGUUGAUCCUAUUGGUCGAUGUAUGAUAUUGCUUACCAUUGUACUUUACUGUAUAUAUUUUUAAAAUCCACUUGACUAUGCCACACUUUAAAAGCAAUAUAUUUUUGGAUAGUGGUAUUUACUUUUUUUUU